UCCAUUCCCUUUCUUGUCACCCCCCUGCAGUUAACCCCCACUUUGUGUUACCUCGCUCUUCUUCUCAUGCAUCAGCCAUCACUCUGAGGUUUGGGGAGGGUCCCAGUCCCAGAUUGGGACAGCAAGAAGCCAAGCGAGAUUUGACAAAUGGAAAUGUGGGGAUUUGGAUUUUUAACAUAUUCUCCUCAGGACUUUUAACUUGAAGCCAGAUCUUGUUUUCAUAAUUUGUCAUCUUGGAUAUUUUUUCCAUUUUACAAAGGAACCGGGACAGUAUCCUACACUGACAUGGGUUCUGUGAGAACCGCUCCAGGCAGUGAUGGCUCAGAGUUUUGUCGCCAGCUGUCCAUCUUAGGACUGCCAAGGAAGACACUUCUCAGCCACUCAUCACCAAGCAACGCCAACCGUCUUUCAGAGAGGACGUCCAAGCUGUACAAACAGGAAUGGCAAGUCACAAAGACCCUCGCUUUCUGCACAACCUGUCCUAUCAUCCUCGAUGGCUGCCGGACUGCCUAAAAGUGAUGAGAAAAAAAGACAUAUGGACUACUAAUGGUCGAGAUCGUAGUCGCUUUGAUUCCUGGUCCCUGCCACCAGUGUUGUUGACACCACUGUUGCCAUUGUCCCCAGUGCAGUGUUUUAAAAGCCGUCGAGUGAGCUGGCUUCUAAUACCUUUAAUUUUAAUCUUAUCCCUACCUUGUCAAGCCUGGGCAACUACCUUCAAGGUGGCCCUGGUUGGACCGUGGACUUGUGACCUCUUAUAUUCUAAAGCUCUCCCGGACUUGGCGGCGCGUCUGGCCACCGCCCGCAUCAACAAUGACCCCUACAUCAACAAAGGUUACUGGUAUGACUACACACUGAUUAACGAGGACUGCAAGUCAUCCCGCGCCCUCGCUCGCUUUGCUGAGCUGGAAGGCUAUGGUUCAGCGUUCCUGGGCCCGGCCAACCCAGGGUACUGUACCUCAGCUGCUUUGUACGCUAAAGAAUGGGAUGUUGGCUUCCUCUCCUGGAGUUGCCUGAAGCCAAAUAUGAGAGAAGGAGGGAUGUAUCCCACUUUCCUACGACCACAGCCGCUGUCCUCACAUGUUCUUUUCACGGUGCUGCGCUACUUCCGCUGGGCUCAUGUGGCCAUCAUCUCAGAGGACAGCGACAUCUGGGAGGCCACAGGACAUGAGCUGGCGUCGUCUCUGAGGGCUUUGGGCCUGCCCGUCAACCCUGUGGCAGCAAUGGGGGCAGAUGAUGAUGGUCCCAGGAGAGCCUUGACCAAAGUUCGGGAAACAGAUCGUGUUAGAGUCAUCAUCAUGUGCAUGCCUUCUGUCCUGAUUGGCGGCCAAGCUCAGUACAGACUCCUGACCACAGCUUUAGCUAUGAGGAUGAUCGACCGCGGCUAUGUGUUCAUCCCCUAUGACACUCUUCUCUACUCACUCCCAUACAACGACGCCUUCUACUACACCCUGGGCAAUGACACCAGGCUGAGGAAAGCCUAUGACGGCGUGCUCACCAUCACCAUGGACUCUGGUGAACGCAAUUUCCAACAGGCCUUCAAAGACGCUCAGGACACCUACGAAAUCCGCAGCAGCACAUCACCUGAGAACGUUUCUCCAUUCUUCGGCACCAUCUACAACAUGAUGUACUAUAUAGCAAUGGCUGUCGAACAGGCCCGCGCUAACAAAGGCCGUUGGGUGACCGGCGAGAUCCUCAGCACCAACGAUGGAGGCUUCGAAUUCGAGGGCUUCAAUCAGCACUUGAGGGCGGGUAGAAACGGCGAAGGCAUGCAAGCGCGUUACGUAGUGCUGGACUACAGUGGCAUGGGCAACUCCCUCUACUCCACUCAUGUUUUGGAGGCUGCACACACUGACGGCAAGACCGGAGGCUUGAAGUAUCUUGGCCGAUCCAUCCAUUUUGCAGGAAGCACUCCUUACAAGGACUCCAGUUGUUGGUUUAGUCCUUAUUUUGCCUGCAGUGGAGGAAUGGACUCUGCUAUGCUCUUCUUUCUUUUCCUUGUCUUAGCUAUGGUGGUUGGGGGCGCGGUAAACAUCUUCAUACAUUUCAAGAGGAGCGGAAGAGUGGGUUUCACCUUUGCAGGCGGUGGCAGCGGUGGAGUGACCAAAGUGAUCCUAACUCUGGAUGACCUGGUCUUCAUCAACACACAAGUCAGCAUACGGAAGCUGAACGACGAGAGCAUCAUGAGGAGUCAGCUGGACAUGAAGACGCCUCACCACUCAGUGUCCGGUCGCAGCUACUUGGCCGCCUCACCUGACAGCUCCAAUGUUGCUGUGUUUGAGGGAGAUUGGGUUUGGUUAAAGAAAGGCCCAGCUGGAUCUGGAUUGAGCAUCGGCGGCAGCACUGAGUCUGUCUUUGUCAAGCUCAGAGACAUGAGGCAUGAGAACCUCAAUCUGUUCCUGGGACUGUUCUUUGACUCUGGGAUCUUCGGUGUGGUGACGGAGCACUGCUCCAGAGGCAGCCUGGAGGACCUCCUUACCAACGAAGAAGUACGUCUUGACUGGAUGUUCAAGUCUUCCCUGCUGAUGGAUCUCAUUCGGGGCAUGAAGUACUUACACAAUCGGGGCAUCGUCCACGGACGCCUCAAAUCCAGAAACUGUGUGGUGGACGGUCGAUUUGUGCUGAAGGUGACUGAUUAUGGCUUCAAUGAAGUUCUGAGUGCCCAAAACGUCAUUAUAGAUGAAGAAAAGCCUGAAGAUCUGUUCUGGACCGCUCCUGAGCUGUUGCGCAAUCCUUCCCUGAGGAGGAAAGGCACUUUUCACGGGGACGUCUACAGCUUUUCCAUCAUCGCACAAGAGGUUAUUUCCCGCUCUGCACCUUUCUGUAUGAUGGACAUGCCUCCCAAAGAGAUUAUUAGCAAACUCAAAGAACCCCCUCCUUUGUGCCGACCCACUGUGUCUGUGGACGAGGCCCCGCUGGAUGUUAUCCAGGUCAUGAAGCAGGCCUGGAGUGAAGAACCCGAAAAGAGGCCCACAUUUCAAGACAUUUUAAAACAGUUUAAAAGUAUCACCAAAGGCAAGAAAACCAAUAUUAUCGACUCAAUGCUGCGCAUGCUGGAGCAGUAUUCCUCCAAUUUGGAGGAUCUGAUCAGAGAGAGGACAGAAGAGUUGGAGGUGGAGAGACAAAAGACGGACGCUCUGGUGGCUCAGAUGUUGCCCAAGUCUGUGGCUCAAGCACUGAAGACAGGCAAGCCGGUCAAACCGGAGCACUUCAGUGAAGUCACUUUGUACUUUAGCGACAUUGUUGGCUUCACCACAAUCUCAGCUCUGAGCGAGCCAAUCGAGGUCGUCGACCUGCUAAACGACCUCUACACGCUUUUUGACGCCAUCAUUGGGCUGCAUGACGUGUAUAAGGUUGAAACCAUUGGCGAUGCAUACAUGGUGGCCUCAGGGGUUCCCAACAGGAACGGAAACCGCCAUGCAGCUGAGAUGGCCAACAUGUCUCUUGACAUUCUGCACUGCAUUGGAACAUUCAAAAUGAGACACAUGCCUGACGUAAAAGUCAGGAUCCGAAUCGGCUUGCACUCGGGCCCAGUGGUAGCAGGAGUAGUGGGCCUCACGAUGCCUCGGUACUGCCUCUUUGGAGACACAGUCAACACAGCAUCUCGAAUGGAGUCCACCGGGUUGUCUUAUAGAAUCCACGUCAACCAAAGCACAGUGGAUGUCCUAAAAAGCUUGAAGCUGGGAUACAAAAUUGAUGUUCGCGGUCUGACGGAGUUAAAGGGAAAAGGUAUUGAGCACACAUACUGGCUGGUUGGAAGGGAAGAUUUCAAGAAACCUCUGCCCAUUCCUCCAGACAUUAAAGGGGGAAGCAAUCAUGGCAUUGGUUUGGAUGAGGUUCCUCCUGACAGAAGACAAAAGUUCCUGGAUAGACAGAAGAAAAUGGGCUAGAAUGGUGUGCAAUGCUUUGUGUGUUUGUUUGUUUUAAAUACUCAAUGCCCACCCUUUAAUAUUGUGACAUGGAAAAAAUGCAUCAUGCACAUAUUUGACUGCAAUUAGUUGUAACCUGUUUUGGUUUGCCAAAAAAAACAACCAUUCCACACAAAAACGACCUAAAAUAUGUUUUUUCCUUUUUAUUUGAUUUCUUUCUACAAAUAGAAUGACACAAUAUUACUAUAUGUCAUGCUAAGGCCUGUAAAGAAUAUCCAGUUAGAGGAAAGGACUGAUGUGUAUAAUAUUCAUACAUAGUCAUCUAAACUUCUCUGAUUUUGGAUAAAAAUUUGCAAUAAAAGUGACUGUUACUAAAAAAUAUUAAAUUAUACUUAGCUUCAUAACCACCUCUGUCCCUCUUCAAUCGCCAUUGCUCACUCGCAAAGAUAAAUGUAUGGAAGCACAAUCAAGGUUCAAGCCUUAAAUAUGUCUCAUUAAUUAAACACAUGUUGAAAUUAUAAAGUAUUUACAAAAGGUACUCACCACUAAUGAAUGAAGCAAGAAAAAAGCCCUCAAAAGUAAAGUAAGUCUCUACUUUUCAAAAUGUGCUACCUUGAUGCUAUUCAACAUUGGAUCUGCUAUAAACAUGCUACUGAUUAGCAUUAGCGAUUUUAUUUGCCAAUGUCAACACUUGAAUGAAAACUGCAGCUAAGAUGACAAUCAAAUGGAUGGUAUGCAAUUAGCACAAUACUUACAGUAUAUACACUUUGUAGGGAUCAACAAAAGAAAAGACCGGCACAUUCAAAUUAAAGGCAAAGACUACUCCCUGGCUAAGGCAACACACUGUACUACUACUGCCAUCUAACGUCUUGGAAUUGCCCAACGGUAUACAAAGUUUACAAUAUAAUACAGUGACUUACAGUACUUGCAAAUGAGACACAGAAGUGUAAGAAAACAAGAUAACUAGACAGCACAGCUCAUUGUUAAAUGUUAAAUUGAAAAGAUAUACAGUAUAUAUAU